CUUAUGGAGCCACUCUCAUUGAGCAUUGCCUUAUAGAAGCUGGAUUUCCUGGUUAUGUCAAAAUAGAUCAGCACAUGGAAAGUAAAGAAAAUAUUGAAAAAGUCCUUACUGCUUUAGAGAAAGCAGAAGAAUAUAUGACACUAACUGACAACUUCCACGGAAAGGGUUAUAUUAUCCAGAAAAAGGAGAAGAAGCCAAGUCUGGAACAAGAUAAACCAGCAGAAGAUAUCUACACAUAUGAGGAAUUUCAUCCUUUCUUGUUUUCUCAACAUUCAAAAUGUCCGUACUUGGAAUUUGACUCAUUCAAUAAGGCAGCCGACGAGUUCUACUCCAAGCUGGAGGGACAGAAAAUUGAUCUGAAGGCGUUGCAGCAGGAAAAACAAGCAUUGAAGAAACUUGAAAACGUCCGUAGGGAUCACGAGCACAGACUAGAAGCUCUGCAGCAAGCUCAGGAAGCUGACAAGCUGAAAGGAGAACUCAUCGAAAUGAACUUGGAGAUGGUUGACCGAGCCAUCCAGGUGGUCCGCAGCGCGUUAGCCAACCAGAUCGACUGGACGGAGAUCGGAGCGAUUGUGAAAGAGGCUCAAGCGCAGGGAGACCCCGUCGCAAGCGCGAUCAAAGAAUUAAAGCUUCAGACAAACCAUAUCACGAUGCUGCUGAGGUGA